CAGUAGCCUAUCAAGUGUGGCGUAGGACAAGAUUGAAGAGUUCCCAGUUAUCAAAUGUCAACGAUAUUACGUACGUCCACCAGCGAAUAUACUCCUCUGUCAGGCAGGCGGCUAUUCAUAGUCAAAUUAGUGUACGUAGCUAAUCCAUGUAUAGUCACAGACUUUUUUAGCAACGAAUAUAUUAGCGACGACGAAAACAGAUUCACUACUCACUAGCCAUAUAACCGAUCAUCAGAAACUCAAAGGAAGCUAUAUAUAGCCCAAAAGGCUCAGGGGCACGAACAUGGAAAUGGAUGCAACAACUGCAAUUGAGCUUCUUGACUCCCAGUCCAGAGUUUGGGAUCACUGCCUAGGCUACAUCAACUCGAUGACCGUCCACUGCGCAAUCGAGCUGGAGAUCGCAGACGCGAUCCACAGCCAUGGCCAGCCCAUCCCUCUGGAAGAGCUGGCCGCGGCCCUCAACAUCUCUCGAGCCAAGGCUCCGUUCCUCUCGCGCCUCAUGCGCAUGCUGGUCCACCUGGGCUACUUCGUCCGGGUGGAGCAAGAGGAUAAACCACAAUCAGGGCUCGAAGGAGAAGAUGACAAAGAUGGUGGUGGGGGCCGCCACCCCUGCGGUUACUGGGUGGCGCCCCUGUCUCGACUGCUGCUGAAGGACAAUCCCUUCAGCACCAGGUCGAUCAUCUUAUGCUCCAACCACCCCAACGUGGUGGAUCCUUGGCGCCACAUGAGCGCUUGGUUUCGAGCCAACGACGACGACGACGAUGCGGUUGAUAAACAACCGCCACAACCACCGUUCGCUUUCGCUCACGGUGGCAAGAAGAUCUACGAGGUUUGUUCCGAGGACCCGCCGUUCGCCCGACUAUUCUCCGAGGCGAUGGCGGGGGACAGCUGGCUGUUCAGCAGAGCCCUAGUGGCCAAGUGCAAGGAAGCAUUCGAAGGCGUGAGAUCGCUUGUCGAUGUCGGGGGCGGUACAGGCAACACGGCUAAGGUCAUCGCCGAGGCCUUCCCCGACACUCGCUGCACCGUGUUUGAUCUCCCUCAUGUGGUCGCGGAUGGGUCGAAACAAACCCAUCCCAACCUGAACUAUGUUAGCGGCGACAUGUUUGCCGACGAUAUUCCUCAUGCCGAUGCCGUGCUCUUCAAGUGGGUGCUAGUUGACUGGGGGGAUGAAGCCGUCUCGAAAGUGUUGAAGCACUGCAAGGAUGCGUUGACCAGAAACGGCGGGAAGGGGAAGCUGAUGAUCGCAGACCAUGUACUAGGGCAUGAGAGCUGCAACGACAAGAGCUCCAUGGGAACGUCGUUGGUGUUGGACAUGUUAUUCAUGUCGUUUCUCGAGGGUUGUUUGAGAAGUGAGAAACAGUGGGCGAAGCUCUUCUAUGGUGCUGGCUUCACCAGAUACACGAUCACUCCGGUGGGCGGGCUACGUGUUCUCAUCCAAGUCUACCCUUAAGGCUGUAGAUUGAUGGUCGAGCGCGAGACCAGUUCUUCUCCUGUGAAAACCAGAUGGAACUCCUGCAAGAACCCUAAUCGGCGAUUUGAUCGAACAAGUGAAGAUUCAGAUCGUUCGUGUUUCUUUUUCUUUUUCUUUUUGUAAUUGAAUAACGAAGAAGAGUUUUAAUAAAAUAAAAAGCGUAAAAUGGACUUUCGUUUGACUGACGAUACCACUGGGCUCGGGCCCAGAUAACUACUCUGGCAAGGUUUUGGGUUAGGCCUGCUUUCACCAGGUCGGCCCGGUUUUGCCUUCUUCUUCCUUUGAUCUGGCUGAUGUUGUUUGCUGAGUCGAAGCUUCCCUGUACCUGAUCAACACUAAUAGAGGAAGAGUACUAGAAUUAGCACGAAACAAAAAUCACACACACUGCACCGAUCUUUUUACGUGGUAUCCGAUACUGGGAGAAGAAGGAUCCCAAUAUCGACUAAUCCACGGUAGGAGUUUCUCUUCUUGAGGAUUCCUACGUAACCACUAGAACACUAUCCCUGUUAUAGUUUUAUAGAAUUCAGUUUAGAUCGAAUAGCUCCCUGCCUAUCAAUCUAACUAUUCUACUGAUGUAUAACCUCCCCGAUUACACUCAGUACCAAUUGCUAUUCUCCCUGAUUAGCUCGUCUGGUUUUUCACUCAAAAGCAACUAACUUCUCAACACAGUACUCUGCUUUUGAAUCUGCUAAAAAACCCUACACUCACCGGUUGAUCGCCUUCGUCCUUUUUAUUGCUUCUAUUCAAGUUAGCCGUUGCAAGGUAUUGAUUUUGAUUUCCCACAAAUCUGCUUCAGCUUUCCAUUUCCGAAACUUUCCAUUUCGGUCUUAAUUGAUUUGUUGAUUCUUUCCCAUUGACGAGCUUCACUCAACAAAGGCCUUAACUAGUUAAAGACUGAUAUAUGAAGUACCUAAUUAAUCAAGUGUCAAAUUCAGUAUGUGUGCGUGAGAUCAAAUAUUGGGUUGUGAUUCAUCACGUGAUCUUAUGAGACAUCACAAAAGACGAUUGUAUGAUCAACAUAUAUACAACGGGUGAGUGACUUCAUUACUUUUCGAGAACCCUUUAUGCAUAAAAUAAAUCAUAAGAUCGAUC